UUGCGCCAGAUGAUCUUGAAGGUCUCUUCCAACCUUAAUGAUUCUAUGAAAUCUGAAAUGAUGAUAAAAUCUGGAUUUUGAGAGCUGCAGGGAGCCUACAGAGGCAUGACCUGUGCCAUUCCCUUCCUCAGGUGGCAGAUAGUUGAUAAAGGGAGGCAGACUUUGCUGAGCUGUUGGCCUGUCCCUAGUGAAAGGGACUGUUCCACACUGGAAUCCAUCUCCUGCUCCAGAGAAGCACGUUAAGGCCCUUCUUCUUGGUGCUGUGGAAGCAAACGAAAGGUGCUGCCAUUGUGCUCUCCCAUCUUCUGACCAGGGAGGAGAGCGAGUGAGAUAGCAGGAGCAGCGGACUGGCUGUGCUGCAUGGCAGUUGUAAAAACAUUAAUCGAAAUAAGACACGCAAAAAAAGAAUUUCGUGGUGUUGUCUGGGGAGGUAAGUUUGCUUAUGCUAAAUGCAGUAGACUAUGCAACGCUUAUUAAUGAGAGAUUGUUUGUUUUUAAAACCAUCCUGGCUUUACUAUUUAUUGUAGGGUCGGUGCGUGAUCCUUUCAGUGCCCUGCCCAGGGCUGUAGCCGGCCUGAGGGGGCAGCGGCUGGGGCCGGGCUCCGGGUUCGGCGUUUCCCCCCUCAGCGGCUCCCCCGCGGCGCCUUUCCCGCCUGCCGCCAACGGCUGCCGGGCUGAGGCGGAGCAGGUGGCGCAGGCAGCCCCCUCCUGCCGUCGGGCUCCCUUCAUCGCCCCGCUCCUCUCGGGGGACGCCAGCCCCUCAGCUGUGGUGGGAAGGGUUGGGCAGUGGUCUUGGGGCAGGGAGGGAGGGGAGGCAUUGUGCUGAGGUGCUUUGGGGUUCUGUUAGGUUUGAGACCCUUCUUGUGAGAGAUUUUAAGGGAUGGAGCAGCAAUUGUGUGGGAGUAAUCCCAAAGAAACUGAAAAAGAAUCCCAAAUAUAAAUUCUUCUUCAAUUUGUGCUUAAAAUUUGAUACCCCAGGGCACUACAACACAUCUAGCCAGUCCACAAGGUGCAUUUCUCAGAAGUUUUACACAACCGCUGUAAGGGUACGCCACGGGUACCCAGUUAUUUCACUGACAAAUAUUGAUCUGUUUGUACUCCAACACCCAAUUCUGUGACUUCCUACAGGUUAUCGUUCAUAAACAAAGAGCUUUGCUUUCUCUUCAGCCUGUUAAUUCUAUGUUUUUGUCCUGUGCCAAGUAGUUAAAUCUAUUUUUGAAGACUUAAGCGUGGUUUCAUAUUGGCCGUUUAUAGAGAAGACAGAUGACACUUUUUAAAAGAAAACCUGUAAGGCAGUAAAAUAGACAUGUGUACCACAUUUUGGCCUUAGUUCUCCCUCUACAGUAAAUUUGUAAGUGAAGUGCUUCAUGUGGUGAGAUUUUACUCUAAAAAUGCAGAUAUGGGAGUAACACGCAAUGAAAACAACACUGAAGAGCAUAGUCACCUUCCAGACCAAAACUGUAGUCUUGAAGGCUUUUUUCCAUCAGAAUAAGAACUGACCUGUGUACGCUGAUGAAGUGUACAACACAACACAAGUGUGUGCAAGAUCUACGCCUUAAAUAAAUGCUACAGGAGGUGACAGCAGACUAAGAAAGUCUGAUUUAAGAAAAGAUGUUGACUGGUUUUGUACUUCAAACAACUAUGACAGACAGCCUUCUCAGAUAAAGUGGUUAUUUAAGUCUUACUUUUGCUAGGAUGAUUACGCCUAUAAAUUACAUAGGGCAGGACUAAAUGCAGCCUUUAAUUUGAUGGGUUAGUGGUUGGGUUGUGAAAUAAUUCAUUAAUCAGAGAAGAAAAAUACUAGAGCAUUCUUUUAAGAAUUGACAAUGCUUCAGCCAUUGGAAAGAGAUUCCCAUUUAAUGGUAGUAUUAAAAAUAUUAAAGAAUGACAUUGAAAAAAAUACUCUAAUUUUGUAUGUCUUUGUUAACAUAUAUCUGUAUUAUUAUUUCAGCAUGACAAAUUCUGACCUAAUUUCUUUACAGCUUAUUCUCACAUUCUGAUUAAGAGUACGAAGAUCUUUCUGGAAGAUGCAGGACGAAAUACAGAAAAUGAAGGAAAUCGUCCUUAUUUACCUUGACAGAAGUGGUGGCCUUCAGAAAUUUGUGCACGACUGCAAAAAAUAUAACGACUCAAAACAAAGUUAUGCUGUUUAUCGUUUCGUUAUUUCAAUAAAUCCUUCUGAUAUUGCUGAAUUGGAUGCAACUCUUGGAAACUACAUUCUUCAUAAUCCCAUAAAAGCUGCAGAGAUUUUUCAGUCAGUAUGUUUUGUAGCUAUUAAGACAUUAUCAUUAAUUGAACAAUUGCAGGCAGAGGCCCAGAUUAGUAUACUGCUGAAGCCAACACAUUUACCACCUUUACCAAGUUAUGUUCUCAGUAUUUCUGCAUUUCCAUUUAACUACACAUCUCAUAGAUUUUACAUGUCUGAAGGAAUAGUCAUUGCAAUGGGAAUUGUAACAAAAUAUACACAAGGAGCAAGAUUUCUUUGUACUGAGGAAACCUGUCCGUUCUCUGAAGGGUUUAGGUACAUAAGAGUGCAUCUGCCUGGAGCUACAGAAUCUGCCACAGUGAGGAAUGAUUUUGUGUGCAGUUUAUGUUCCUCACCCCUGCAAGAAGAUAUGAAGUUUAGAGUACUUGGUGAUGAACUGGCCAAUAGAAUGACAAUAGGAGACCACUACAAGAUUAUAGGAAUUCCAACUUGUGUACAAAAUGGCCCACAAGCUACAGCAUGUAUAGAAGUCAGUAGCGUACAGCUCUGUAAACCAAACGGUCCUUCUUUUAUUGGUGAAAAUUUUAAGUAUCUGCUCUCACUGACUUCAGAUUCAUGCUGGAGGUUUACAGCCAUACUGGCCAAUAUCUUUGCUUCUCAAGUUGUUCCACCAGGCACUUACAACACCCUGAAACUCGCACUAUUGCUGAGUCUAGUACAGACGUGUGAAAAGGAAAGUGCUGAUUACCUGGAUCUGUUGGUUGUGACAAGCGAUGCCUUAGUAAUUGAUAGGCUUUUGAAUUACAGCAUGUGUCUUCUGUCUCGUGGCAUACGACACCCAUCCUCUAGUGACAUCUUUCCUUCUGUAUCCAAAGAUAAACAUGGAACUGGACGUGCUAGUAUUCAAGCUUGCAGCGUUCUGCUUGCUAAGGGGGGUAUCUGUUACAUAGGAGACUUGUGUACCUACAAAAAGGAUAAAUUGGAACUUCUACAAUCCGUUCUAGAGAGCAGGACAACAACACUGUUCAUUCCUGGGAAGAAGUAUGGAGAAGAGGCUGACCAACAAGUUACUAUUUCAGUUCAGACCAAUUUUUGGUCUUAUGUAGACGUGGGUUCUUCCUCAAAGAAACAUAUGCCGAAGGACAGCUUUCUGAUCGGGCAGAUGGACUUGAGCUUGCUUCCACCUAAUCUUCUAGAUGUUUUUGGGCUUUUGAUAUACGAUGAAUUUCCUUCAUGUCGACUGUCUUUUCCUCUUGUGCAUCACGUCCUGAAAAAAGCCACUAAUCCUGAAGCCACCCUCUACAGAGUCUCACAGCAGUUCAGAACACAGGAUUAUGAAGAGUUUAUUUUGUUUGCUAAGAAUCUCCAUGUUGAAAUGAGCUCAGAAGCAGAAAACCUCAUUCAGGGCUACUAUCUUGCGAGUCGCAGAGUGAGAAGAGAUUCUAUGCAUGGAUCAAACUUAUCAGCAUCUGCACUAAAAAUUCUGAUUUCACUGUCUAAGGCUCAUACCAAGCUAAGUUUAAGAAAGAAGGUACUUGAGGAAGAUGCGCUGAUUGCCAUCUUGCUGCUCGAAUCAUCUCUUACCCUAAAGCACGGUAAGUCUGCACUAUGCAUCGAACCAAAUGCUGUAUUUCCGUUUGACCUCAGUAACGAGAACUCCCUGCAACAGAGAGAUAUUUACCUACGGAAGUGCCACCAUCAGCUGCUUAAGUUUAUCAGUGCGUAUGGCCCAGGAAUUCAUGUUAACACUAAUGAGGAGUGAAGUAAAGCCCAAAGCUCCUACUUUACCCUUCUGGGCCUGGGGUUAAGGAGAAACACACAACCAUCUUUUUAACACUUUCACAAGAUAGGUCAGUGCUAUUUUGCUAAGGAUUAAAGCAUAGCUGACAGGACCUAAUUGCAAGUUUUCUGACAGUGGUGCUGAAAGGCAGAGGUGGCUGUUCCUGGCUACCCCUACUUCUGUCACUUAAAUGGACAAGUUUUUUUAUUAAGGCUACUACUAACAAUUAAAAUAGGAAUAGAGAACCUGGCAUUUCAUUUCAACAAUGUGAAACUUCUGUAGUUUUUCUUGUUGCUUCUUUUCACAUGUAUUACCCAGUGAGGCAUACUUUAAAUACAUUACAACCACUUCUCCAGUGUAAGACAACUUUUUAAAAUUAUUAUUCAUGUACUAGACAUAAAUUUUAAAAUGUAUUAAAAAAGUCACCAUACUGCUUGAUGUUUUAUGUCUUGCUUUUACACUAUAGCAACACAGUAUUAGACCAGGAUGUUGGUAUGCUCCUGCAGUUUGAAAAAAAAAAAACCACAGUAUUUGCACAACAUGAACUUAGAUAAAAACUGGAAGGGAGGGUAGAACCCCACAGGAAAGCAAAAAAAAAUAGACCCAGUAGGCUGGCAGCUCAAUGAGCUCCAAGUCUAACUACCUCAUUGAAAAAGUGAAGUGUAAAAGGUAGUGUGGUAGAUAUAUGCUCCUCCAGCUGUGGACUUUCCUUUACUGUGUUCUCCUAGUAAAGACAUAACAGUAGGCAUAACACUGAGCAAGUUUUAAAUCAGAGGUCCAUGUUAAAAAAAA